AUGGAAAAUCCGAAAAUGGUAAGAAAGGUUGAAGGUUUCGAAAAGUUUUACUUGACUGGUGGUGGAUUUAAGGCUGUGCCUCCAUGUGCUUAA